AUGAAAUCUCCAGAACUUUGGUUAUCUGAAGGUACUCAGUGGGCUCAGACCUUCUUGGCACUGCUGUUAUCUUCGGUGUUGGUUCAUCUCUUCCGGACUUAUUGGCGGCUAAGGCAUGUGCGGGGACCUUUCUGGGCACGGUUCACCAACAUACAGCGAGUGCUCUGGGUGAAGAGUAAAAGGGCGCAUGAAAUACAUCAUGGGAUGCACAAAAGAUACGGGGAGGUAGUGCGCUUCGGUCCAAAGAUGAUUUCUCUAGCGAAUCCAGAUUGGAUUCCAAUUAUAUACCCAAUUCGCCCAGGAUUCCCUAAGGUCUGUAUUAACAACAACCCACUAGCUAGUGACACUUCCAGGGCUAAUCAAAUUACUUCGCAGAGCGAUUUCUAUAGAACUCUCAUGCCUUAUACAAAGAAAGGAGGGGCCUUACCAGCCGUUUUCAACACCCGAGACGAGGAGCUUCACAAGAGGAUUAAAUCACCGAUAGCACCGCUUUUCUCCUUGUCAAAUGUGCUCUGCCUCGAAGAGUUUGUUGAUGAGGCUAUUCGGGUGAUGAUUCAACAGCUAGAUGAACGUUUUGCAGAGACUGGAAAACCUUUCGACUUGACUGACUGGUUGCAAUAUUUUGCCUUUGAUGUGAUGGGAACAUUGACCUUCUCGAAGAGAUACGGAUUCCUUGAACAGGGGCGAGACGUGCACAGAAUGUUGGCUACUAUCUGGAAUUAUAUGGAGACCGCCGCACCGAUGACACAGAUCCCCUGGUUUGAUGACAUCUGGUAUAAAAACUCGUUUAUUGCCAUGUUUCGCAGAACUACUGGCUUCUCUAUCCUUAGCAUUGUCGGUAAAUUCAUCGCGGAAAGAAGAGAAGCACUCGAAAGCAACCAGAAAGGUGAACUUGACCUAGGUGGUCGGGAUAUGCUAUCGCAGUUCUUCGAGAUCCAAGCGAAUGAUACGUCCCUUCCAAAGUGGUGUGUUACUGCCUGGACGUUUUCCAAUGUCAUUGCAGGCUCCGAUUCCACGGCUGUUGUCCUGCGAACCGUGUGGCAUAACCUUCUUUCCCAUCCGGAAACGUUGGAUCGCCUUCGAGAGGAGCUCCGAGACGCAGAGGCAAAGAAACCCGGAGGGUUCUCGAAGCCCUUCCCGUCGUGGAGGGACAUUGCAGAUCUUCCAUAUCUAGAUGCCUGUAUUAACGAAGCAGUGCGGCUGCAUCCUCCCUUCUGCCUCCCGCUUGAACGAGUGGUUCCUAAAGGUGGGAUAAUGAUUAGUGACACGUACAUACCAGAAGGCACCGUUGUCGGAAUGAGUCCGUAUGUGGUCAACCGCCACAAACCCACCUUUGGAGAAGAUGCCGACCUUUGGAACCCAUCCCGAUGGAUGGUUCCGCAGGAACACAGACGAAAAUUAGAAGCCAGCGUCAUAACUUUCGGGGCCGGAAGGCGUGUUUGCCUUGGUCGUCAGAUUGCGUUGCUGGAGAUGAAGAAGAUUGUUCCUGUGCUGGCGCUUCGAUAUAAGUUUGAUGUUUCGGAUCCGCGGAGGUACCAAGUGGAGAAUGCUUGGUUUUUCCGACAAUACGGACUUGAUGUCAAAAUCAAUCAGUAUGAAGAGAAAAUGGCGGCGGAUGACCCCUAG